GCAUAACACACACACAAAAAAAAACGUCUAGCCAAAGUUCAAAAGGACACCAGAAUCAAUGGCUGAGAAAGAAGGUGGCAUUGUGAAAAAAGGCCAUGAGGAAGGCUUGAAAUUGGCAACCUCUCUCUUAGAAGAGUUUGAACUCCCACUAGGCCUCCUCCCUCUAUUGGACGUGAUCGAGGUUGGUUUUGUACGUGGGACCGGUUACAUGUGGAUCGUCCAACAGAAGAAGGUAGAACACAACUUCAAGAUGGUCAGUAAGCUGGUGAGCUACGACACCAGCAUCUACGGCUACGUGGGGAGGAAGAAAAUCAAGAAGCUCAAGGGAGUGAAGGCUAAGGAGCUGAUGCUGUGGCCCCCAGUUAAUGAGAUCACCGUUGAUGACCCUCCUACUGGGAAGAUCCACUUCAAGAGUCUCGCAGGGAUCACGAAGACGUUCCCAGUGGAGGCUUUUGCGGCGGGCCAGUGAUGAUCGAGCCUUGAUUCUAUGGUAUUUGUGGUAUGAUGAUGCCAUGGACGGUUCAGAUCGUUUUGGUGUGUGUUUGGUAAUUACAUGACUAGGUGAGGAAGAUUAUGGCGCGUGUUUGGUGGGAUUUGAGAAUAAUGAGUUUGGUUUAUAAAACAUGAGGAUUUGGGUUUCUUGCUUUCUUUAUUUUGGAAUGUUUUCUUUUAUUUAAGAUAAAGAGAAUAAAAUGGUCCGUUUGGCUGUC